AUGGCUGACACACACAGAGUUAAAAUAUUAGUACAGAAACGAACCUCAUUAAAGUCGCAAAUUACGAGUUUGACCAAUCUCCUCGACAAAGGUAGAAUAAACGGUAGUACUUUGAGACUGCGUAUCACACGUUUGACGAAAUUGUACCACGCGUACGAAGAGUUCAACGAUGAACUCGCGGUAUUAGAUCCGAACGACGUACAUCAAAACGAAUUUUCAAGUAUACAAGAAAGAUUCUAUUCUCUUGCGGGCGACGUUGAGACCAGAUUAAGCGCGGGAGAUGUGUCGGACAGAGACAACGGCAUGUCGAGUAACGAGAUUCGAAUCGAGAAUACGGGAACCGUAACAACUUUUAAAAAAAGGCGUAUUAAAUUACCCGAAGCCCGACGUUUGAUGGCAAGCUCACAAACGGAUUUAACGGACAUCGACAAGUUACAUUAUUUAAAGGCCGCGUUAACAGGUGAAGCCAGUAACAAAAUAAAAAUAUUCUCAAUCGAUGGGGUAAAUUAUGCGAAGGCUUGGGAGUUAUUAGAGCGCUCUUAUGAAGUGAGGCGGAUUCUGAUCAUGCGACACCUCUCGGCUAUUGUAAAUCUGUGUACGUUAGAUAAGGAAAGUACAGACGGUUUGACAAAACUCGCUGACGAUGCUCAACAGCAUAUCGCGUCGUUAAGUACUCUAGGCGUCACAAUCGGUCAAGAAAUGGUCGUAUACCUUAUCGAAAGUAAAUUACCGAAAUCUACAUUAGAUAAAUGGGAAGCAACGCUUGAAAGAGAUACAUUUCCCAAACUCGAAGACUUGUAUGAAUUUUUAUAUAAAACAGCGGUAUGCGCGUCGAGACGAGAACGAACGAAACCAAUAGAAUCGAAUAAGAGCAAGUACGAACCCCCGGUCAAAAAGAGGAAAUUCGACGUUGCGAAUCGAGCCUUUAUGCUUCUAACGAGCGCGUUAAUAUAUAUCUACGAUCCUAAAGGCAAUAAUCACAAGGGCAUUAAAUGUCGAGCACUCUUAGACACGUGUGCAACUACAAAUUUUGUUUCGGAAUCCAUCGUGAGACAAUUAAAUGUGCGAGUAAUAAAAAAAUCGUCAACGAUUAGCGCAAUCAACGCCGUCAACACUGUAUCGAAGGGUAUAGUACGAAUUAACAUACGGUCGAUAUACAACGACUUCCGCAAAACUCUGACGUGUUUGACAAUACCGACGGUCACAGAUCUAGUGCCAGCAGAAAUUUUCCCACGAAACUCGUUAGAUUUGCCGUCUGAUAUCAAAUUAGCAGACCCCGAAUUCCAUCUGCCACGGCCCGUCGAUAUAUUAAUAGGCGCGGGCGCGACGUUAUCUUUACUGUUCGGCGGCCAGAUUGAUUUAUCUCGUGAAGGGUGGGACUUGUAUCUCCAAGAAACGCGCUUAGGUUGGGUGAUCGCCGGCGGAAUGUCAUCACAAUCAUCAACUAACGAUACAUGUUGCGUGACUAAUUUAGAAAAUCAAUUGUCAAAGUUCUGGACAAUAGAGGAAGUAACGAAAAAUGCGACGAAAUCGGAGGAGGAGCUCGAAUGUGAAUCACAUUUCUCUGGAACGAGCGUUUUUAAACUCAAUGUGAACGCGACUCUAAAAAACGAAUACGCGAAAAUAAUCGAAGAAUAUUUAAAUUUAGGACACAUGUCAGUGGUCGAAAAUCCCGGCGUUAAUGGUUAUUAUAUGCCACACCACGCGGUUAUGAAGGAAACAAGUGAGACCACCAAGGUCCGAGUAGUUUUUGACGCAUCGGCGAAAACCAGCACCGGUGUCUCCCUAAAUGAUGUGCUGAUGAUAUUUUUGCAUGAAGACAAUCGAUGUUAUCAGAAAAUUUUGUGGCGUAGAAACGACGUGAUCGAGACGCUACAGCUUAACGUUCUUACAUUCGGUGUCUCUUCUUCACCGUUUUUGGCGAUCCGCGUCAUUCAGAAACUAGCCGAAGACGAACGUCAAGCUUAUCCCAGAGCCGCGGAGAUCCUUAAAUCUCAUCUUUACGUUGACGAUCUGCUGACCGGUGCUGAUACGAUUCGAGAAGCGAGGAUGAUUCGAGACGAAGUGACCGAAUUACUAUCGCGGGGUGGUUUCGUCAUUAGACAGUGGGCAUCUAAUGAUGAACGCAUCAUUAACGACCUAGAGAACAAUGCACUACACGCGAGCUUCACCUUAAACACGGAUCGAGCUUUGAAAACUUUAGGAUUGUUAGGUCCAGUCGUUCUAUUCGCCAAAAGAUUGAUGCAAGAUAUAUGGCGGUCUGGAGUUCGGUGGGACGAAGCCGUGCCGCAAAAUAUAUACGACGAAUGGUUAGAAUUCACGCGACAGUGGGAGAUGAUGGAAAGGAUCUCCUUUCCUCGUAAAUUACUGAUUACAAAUCAUCGCGAUAUACAAUUACACGGAUUUUGCGAUGCUAGUAAUGUAGGUUAUGGUGCAUGUAUUUAUGUACGGUCGAAGGGGGAUCAAUGCGACGUGAUGUCGAAUUUAUUAUGCGUUAAAUCACGAGUUGAGCCACUCAAGACUGUGACUAUACCAAGACUCGAACUUUGCGGGGCACUUCUGCUAGCACAACUAUAUCGCGAGGUCAACGGUACACUAAAUCUAAAUCCUAGCAAGGUAAUCUUCUGGUGUGACUCGACCAUAGUGUUACACUGGUUGAAUACUGAGCCGCAGCGUCUUAAAACAUUCAUAGCAAACCGGGUUGUAGAAAUUCGAGAACUUACCGACUCAAUAGAAUGGAGACAUGUCCGAUCACUAUACAAUCCAGCGGACGCGAUUUCUAGGGGUCAAUUGCCUCUCACCUUUUCACAGAACAAAAUAUGGUCUACAGGCCCAUCCUGGCUAAUUAAGGACGAGAGUGAUUGGCCCAACGCGGUCGUACAGUUAUGCGAGAUUCCAGAACUAAAAAGGAAUACAUGCUUAACAACGGUGACGGAUAAUCUCGAAAUUUUAAAUAAAUAUUCUUCCUAUAACAAGCUAUGUAGAAUCAUCGCGUACUGUCUUCGAUUCCGUCCCACCAGCAGAUAUAGCGGAAUAUUAUGUGCGGAAGAAAUUGUUGAAGCCGAAAUAAAAAUUUUAAGGAUCUUACAAGCAUCUCAAUUCCACAAGGAAAUCGAAAGUCUUAAAACUAGAAAACACGCGGAUAAAAGUAGAAUUGCGAAUCUAUCUCCAUUCCUAGAUGAAAACGGCAUAAUAAGGGUUGGAGGUCGUCUUCAGGGUUCAAAACUGACGUUUACUCGGAAGCAUCCGAUCUUACUUCCAAGCCGUAAUCAUUUAACCGAUAACAUCAUUCGCGAAUCACACGAGACAAACUAUCACGCAGGUAUUCAAAGCACCCUAGCUACUUUACGCCAGAGGUUCUGGCUACUCGACGGCAGGAAUCAGGUACGGAAGGUGGUUCGUAGAUGCAUACGUUGUCUUAGAUUUAGCGCUAAUACGAUCGAACCAAAAAUGGGAAAUCUACCUUCGGUUCGUGUGCGCGAAGCGUUUCCUUUCAAUAACACCGGUGUAGAUUUUUGCGGGCCGUUCUACAUUAAGGAACGAAAAUUCCGUAACAGGACGCGUAUUAAGGUUUAUGUAUGCGUGUAUGUGUGUUUAUCUAUAAAGGCCGUGCAUCUGGAAGUCGUGAGCGAUUUAUCAACGGACGGCUUUCUAGCCGCACUGCGUCGUUUCAUCGCGAGAAGAGGGUUACCAGAGCAUAUAUAUUCCGAUAACGGUACCAACUUUGUGGGCGCUAAUAACCAAUUAAAGGAACUAUAUGCUCUUUUUAAUUCUGAAACUCAUAAAGAACGCAUAAAUAGGUAUACGAGCGAACGUCACAUAACGUGGCAUUUUAUACCACCAAUAGCCCCGCAUUUUGGUGGAUUAUGGGAGUCUACCGUCAAGCUUUUUAAGCAUCAUUUCCGACGCGUAAUGGGAGACUCAUUGUUUACAUAUGAAGAACUAAGCACGUUUACUACCGAAGUCGAGGGGAUUUUAAAUUCCAGGCCGAUUACCGCGCUCUCUUUGGAUCCGAACGAUCCGUUAGCAUUAACGCCGGCACAUUGCCUAAUUGGCAGACCACUAACGGCCCUCUCCGAGGGUGAUUUGACCUGUGUUCCAGAUAACCGUUUGUCCACCUGGCAACAUAUAUCAAAGGUGAGACAAGAUUUCUGGGCACGCUGGUACCUAGAAUACUUGAACGAGCUCCAAGUACGUCACAAAUGGACCAAAGAUGGCUCGCAACUUGAUACCAGUACCGUAGUCUUAAUCAAGGACAAACGCCUACCCUGCACACAAUGGGUCUUAGGCAGGAUUAUAAGACUCUAUCCGGGCAAUGAUGGAGUAACACGGACGGUCUCCAUCAUGACAGCAUCCGGAGAAAUCAUGAGACCUGUGACGAGUCUCUGUCCACUACCAAUGGAACAAUCAUAA